AUGCAGGUGCUCUACAUGACGCUGGGACUGGUGCUCCUCUCUGCAACCAAUCUUCAGGCGGCCAUUCUUCCGCUGACCCUAAUCAAGGAGAGCGUGGAUUUCAAUCAGGCUUUACCCAUGGAUACAGAAAAGUUUGGAUAUCUGGAGGUCAAGCCCAAUGGAUCGUUGUUUUUAAGGAGAACGCCCAAUCAAAGUGGCAAUAACCUGCAGAACCUUCUAAUGCUACGAGGCAUUCUUAAGGCCCUGAAGAUCACCCCGUCACACAUUUCCGAGGCCGGUGGGGAACCCAAGGUAGACCUAAAGAUCUAUGGAGACGGAGUGGAGCACAAGUUUCCACCGAUUCUGGAGAACAUCAUUAGGCGCAUUCAGACCUACUUCUCGGUCUAUCGUUAUACGGACACCAGUCAGCCCUUGCAGCGAGUGGAAAUAUCAACUCUACCGGCGGAGGAGUCUCCGGAUGUGACCACUUUGCGACCCCAAGAUGUGGAUGAUCUGAUAGCCAUAGGAGAACAGGAUGCCUACAUAGCCGUGGGCGACGAUGCCGAUCCCCUGCAUCGCUCUAUUUAUUAA